AUGAAGUCGUUUGUGGUGUUUGCCGCGGUCAUGUUGGCCACCGUUUCCGCUGCUCCGUAUCAGUUGAUUCUGCUGGAUGAGACGGAUCUUCCGAUUGCCCCGAUCCGUGUGGUCCGCUCGGCAUCGGACGGUGGGCUGAGCGGCAGUGCGGCCAACGCCGGUGCCCAGUCGUUCAACACGGGUGGCUUCGGAGGGUUCCCCGGAGGGUUCGGAGGCCUUUCCGGUUCGGCAGCUAACGCCGGUGCCCAGUCCUUCACCAUGGGUGGUGGCGGCGGACACGGAGGAUUCCCCGGAUUUGGUGGACUGUCCGGUUCGGCGGCCAACGCCGGUAGCCAAUCGUUCACGCAGGGUGGCGGUCAUGGAGGAUUCGGUGGACUGUCCGGUUCGGCGGCCAAUGCCGGUAGCCAAUCAUUCACGCAGGGUGGCGGUCAUGGAGGAUUCGGUGGUCUGGCCGGUUCGGCGGCCAACGCCGGUACCCAAUCGUUCACGCAGGGUGGUGGCCACGGUGGGUUCGGUGGAUCGGCUGCCAACGCCGGUGCUCAAUCGUUCACGCAGGGCGGUGGCGGUGGACACGGUGGAUUCCCGGGCCUCGGUUUCUCGGGAUCUGCUGCUAACGCUGCCUCGCAAACCUUCACCCAAGGCGGUGGCCAUGGAGGAUUCGGUGGACUAUCCGGAUCGGCGGCUAACGCUGGCGCUCAAUCGAUCGUGGCUCACUAG